AUGAGGCCUCGCCUUGAAGACUCGGCCGGCUGGGCCGAGCCGGGGCCGUCCGCCGCCGGGGCGGCGCGGGAGGGGAGGGUUGCGCGAGAGGGCGCGGCCGCGGCCGCGGCGCCCGCGGGCGCGGGGGAGGAGCGGGCGCCGUUCGUGCGGGAGAAGUCGGGGCUGAAGGCGGCGGCGGCGCGGCUGUGGGAGGAGGCGGAGGCGCACAGGGACAGGGCGCGGCGGCUGCAGGAGGAGGGUGACGCGCUGGCCAUCGCUGCGUCCGAAAAGGAGCGCGGGGAGAUGCUGCGCGCAGAGAGGGAGAGGGACAUGAACUCUGAGCUGGAGGCCGCCCAGGGCCGCGGCGCUGAGCUGGAGGCCGACAGGCUGCAGGCGCUGUCCCUCGCGCAGGGCCUGGAGGCGGAGGGCGCGGCGCUCAGGGGGCGCCGCGACGAGGCGGCGCGCGCGUUCGAGCAAGCCGAGGCGGAGCUAUUCAAGCUGCGGCGCGAAGAGCAGGCCGCGGCUGCCCGCGCCGGGGAGCUGGGGCCGCCGGCCGACAUGGCCAGGGGCAACAGAGAGGCUGCCAGGGAGCGCCUGGCGUCGCUGCGCGCCGCGGUGGCUGAGCUUGAGGGGCGGCUGGCUGACCUGCGGGCGCAGAUGGUGGACGCGGAGCGGAGGAGGGACGAGGCCACCGCCGCCAUAGAGGGGGCGCGGCUGCAGGAAGCCGAGGCCGAAGCCAUCCUGUCGGACCACCGCUCCGCGGCGGCGGCCCUGCAGGAGGUGGAGGGCCGCCUGCGCGCGGCGCAGGACGGCGCCGACGCGGCGCGGCGCGCGGCGGAGCGGCUGCGUGCCGAGGAGGAGGCGACGCUGGCCCGCUUGGCGUCAGCGGUAGCGGACGCAGUCCGCGCAGAGGGCGAGGGACGCGCUCUGUCACAGAGGGAGGCUGCACUGAUGUCAGAGCUGACGUCCCUCGCGGCCGCGCGCCGCGCCGCGCUGCGCGACGUGGCCGCGCUGUCAGCGCGCGCCGAGGGGCUGAGGGGGCGUGCGGGGGCCGAGGAGCGGCGCUCAGAGGCGGCGAGGCGCGAGGCGGAAGGCAUGAGGGCCGCCGUCCACAAACUGUCACACAUCGCAGCACACGAGGCCGCUCUCCUGCAGGCAGCCAUGCCACACGCCGCCGGCGCCGCCGGCAUCUCAGCAGCCGCCGCGCCUGCGCCUGCGCCACAUUUCGACAGGGCCGAGGGGCCCGGCGCGGCGGGUGCCGCCCUCCACGCCGUGGACCGGACGGCGGGCGCUGCGGCGCCUGCCCCGAGACACGUGGCGUUGGACAGCAGCCGCGCGGCCGUCGGCGCAGAGGGCGUGGAGGGCGUGGCAGAGGGAGAGGCCGAGGGAGCUGCGGCCGCGGCGGCCGCGGAGGGGCCCGCCAGGGAGGCGGGCCAGGCGCCAACGCCGCCGGCGGAGCGGCGGGAGGACGAAGAGGAGGAGGUUGCUCUGGCGCCGCCCGCGCCCCCGCCCGCACCCGCGCCCGCGGCGUCGCCGCCCAUGCGCCCGGUCGCGCUGCCUGUCCGCCUGCCGCCGCCGGCGCGGGCGGGCAGCGCGGAGCUGGAGGGGCGGCCGCCGCGCGAGGCGCGGGCGGCGCCGGCGGGGGAGGUGGCGGAGGGGCACAAGGGGCUGCGGCUGGGCGCGCGGCUGAGGGGCGUGUUUGGGAGGAGCCCGGGGCGCAGGUCGAAGGAGGUUUUGCCCAACCAGGCCGAGCCAGCGGUUGAGGAGCAGGUGCAGGUGCAGGAGCAGGAGCCUCUGGAGCGCCCUGCCGCCCUCGAGGCAGCAGAGCGCCCCGCCGGGACGCCGCGCGCAGCGGCGCUGGCCUACCCAGGGCGCGAAGCCUCGCCGCGGGCCAAAGACCUGCACGUCGGCUUCGCGGAAGCUGCCGCCGCCGCCGCUGCGGAGCUUCCGGUCGUCGCAGCGGCGCCGACGGCGGCGGCGCCGCUCACUAGCGAGCAGGAGGACGAGGGAGAGGCGGCCAACGUGCAGCCGGGGCCGAUGGCGCCGCGCACGCCGCGCCUGACGCUGGAUGAGGCAGAGGCCGAAGCAGAGGCAGAGGCGGUACUCAUGGCGGCGCAGGAGGCGGCACAGCUGCGCCAGAGCGACACGCUCGUUGGGCGGGAGCAGCCGCUGCCUGCCGCGACGGACGUUGCGGCGGCGGCGGCGGCGCCACCGCGUGCAGCCGUCGAGGGCCCGUCCCUGGCGGCGGCCCUGGGCGGGGACGACGACACAGCGCCACAGCGGGACGCCCGCGUUCGGGUCCCGGCCGCCCCAGCCGGCGCGCACAAGGCGUCGGCGGUUGAGGCGAUUCAUCGAGAGGUUCUGGACAAGGGAGGGGGCGCGGCCGCCGGCCAGCGCCCGGGGCCGGGGGCACCCGGUGCUGCGGGCAGCUGGAGGGGGGAGGAGGCAGGUGGGGCGGAGGAGGGUGGGCCUGGGCUGCAGGCGAGGGCGGCCCCGGGGCCGCUGGCGCCACGGGUGGAGGGUGCGGGUGUGGGGCAAUGA